AGCCCCAGUCCUUCACGCCUCCACCUGUCGACCGGCCCGUUCCUCAUGCCUGGCAGCCAAGCCCGGAGCCGGCCCAGAGACCGGAACAAUGUCCUGAACCGGCCCGAGUUCAUGUCCCUAAACCAGCCGCCUCGCAGAGAGCAGGUUGGGGGGGAGGGACGCGGCAGUGGGCCGAGGAGACCUGUGAUCAGACAGCAGAGUCAGCAGGAAGACCCAGGAGGGAGGGGUCGUGAAUCCUCUGAUGGGAGCCAAGCAGCUGACGGGGGUCCCAAGGAGGCCUCCCGCUGGCCGGAACAGGACUGCAUGCAGCUGAACCCGAGCUUCCGGGGAAUCGCCAUCAACUCUCUGCUCGCCAUCGACAUUAGCCUUUCUAAACGUCUGGGUAUGUGUGUUGGAGCUCACGGCACCGGCGCCCCGCUGCGUCCCAUGGUGACCCUGCUGGCCUUAACAGGACACGCCCUCCCCUGGAUCUGUGGGACCCUGAUCUGUCUGUGGAGGAGCAGCACCCUGGCUGGACAGGAAGUCCUUGUUAACCUGCUGAUGGCCCUGAUCCUGGACUUGAUGACAGUUGCUGGGAUACAGAAGCUGGUGAAGCGUAGAGGACCCUGGGAUUUCCCCCCUGGGCUUUUGGACUAUGUUGCCAUGGAUACGUAUUCUUUCCCAGCAGCCCACGCGAGCCGCGCUGUCAUGGUGGCUAAGUUCUUGUUGAACCAUCUGGUUCUGGCGGUGCCCUUGAGGAUCCUGCUCUACCUGUGGGCCUUCCUGGUGGGCGUUUCUCGGGUGCUUCUGGGUAAACACCACCUGUCGGACGUGGGCUGUGGUUUUGCUCUGGGCUUCCUGCACUUCAGUCUGGUGGAGUCGGUUUGGUUGGACUCAGCCACGUGUCAGACCCUCGUCUCCAUCGGGACCCUGCGCUGGACUCCACUGCUUUAGAGCCAGGUUGGACCGGUUCUGCUGGGGCUACUCCAGUUUGAACUGGUUUUUUAUUGAUGCCUGAUCUCAUCGACACGAGCUGUACUGGAUGUAACUGGUUUAGACUGGAACAAACUGGUUCAGAGUGAUGUAAGCUGACCUGAUCUGGACACCUUUGGAGUGGUUCAUCCGGGUCAAAAAGGGUCCGUCAGGAUGUUCGUGACACCCUACAGAUGAUGAGUGGGUUAGACCACUUUCGACUGGUUUGAAGUGGUUUUUAUUGGAUAAUAAAGUUUUUGUUGACUCUGAACUGGUUUGGUCUGGAUCAUCAUCCUUCGGAUCAUUUGAGGCUAUAAACUUAGAUCCUCAGUUAGCCGGUCUGGGCAGGUUCAGGCCAGCUCUAGUUCAGACAUGACUGAACUGGUCUAGACCGGACCACUCUGAUGAACCAGAGCUCUGUAAUGAAAGGAAGAUCCAGUUCAGGUAUGUCCCGGUUCAGACGUGUUUAUUGGAGCUUUUUUGUUUUUUUGCUGUUAUCCUGAAUAGCUAAAAAUAAAGAUGAGACAAAAUGGC